AAAAAAAAACCCAAGUGUCCAUUAUAUGAGAGAGUCCCUACACGAAAUUAAAUUAGUUUUUGUCUGGUAGCUACAACAUUUCUACAAUCAUCAUCGUAUCUUUCGUCACAUCUCCAUCUCUUCUUUCUCUUCCUCACCUUCUUAUUAUUAUUAACUUAGCCCUUUUUUUUUUUUUUUUUUUUUCUCCUGUGAUAAGCGAAUUCUGCGCCAUAGAUUUUCUUUGAAUUUCUUCCUCUAACUCUUAGUUCCCCAAAGGCUACAUCGGUUUUGUCACCUCUACUUGCUCACUUUUCUCCGGCCAAUUUUGCAGAGAUUACAUUUUCCAGAACACAGCUUUUGAAGAUCAAGGAGUAAUGAAUCGGCCAAAGGUUCAGCGUCGUGUUGGAAAGUAUGAGGUUGGAAAAACGCUUGGACAAGGCACUUUUGCCAAAGUGCGGUGUGCUGUUAAUACUAAGACUGGAGAACGUGUGGCUCUCAAAAUCCUUGAUAAGGAGAAGGUUCUCAAGCAUAAGAUGGCUGAACAGAUAAGGAGAGAAAUUUGUACUAUGAAGCUAAUAAACCAUCCAAAUGUAGUGCGGCUGUAUGAGGUUUUGGCGAGCAAGGCUAAGAUAUAUAUUGUCCUAGAGUUCGGUACUGGUGGAGAGCUUUUUGACAAAAUUGUACACGAUGGGCGCUUGAAAGAAGAGAACGCACGGAAAUAUUUUCAGCAGCUUAUCAAUGCAGUUGAUUACUGCCAUAGCAGGGGAGUGUACCACCGGGACUUAAAGCCGGAAAACUUGCUUCUAGAUGCUCAAGGAAAUCUGAAAGUCUCUGAUUUUGGAUUGAGUGCGUUGUCCCGACAAGUCAGGGGUGAUGGUCUUCUUCACACUGCAUGCGGAACUCCAAACUAUGCUGCUCCUGAGGUUCUUAAUGAUCAAGGUUAUGACGGGGCAACCGCAGACUUGUGGUCCUGUGGAGUGAUACUGUUUGUACUACUUGCUGGCUACUUGCCUUUCGAGGAUUCUAAUCUCAUGACGCUGUAUAAAAAGAUAAUAGCUGGUGAAUUUUAUUGUCCUCCUUGGCUCUCUCCUGGUGCUAAGAACUUGAUUGUCCGAAUCUUGGAUCCAAACCCUAUGACUCGUAUCACAAUUCCUGAGGUUCUGGAAGAUGCGUGGUUCAAGAAAAAUUACAAGCCAGCUGUUUUCGAGGAGAAGGAAGAAGCCAACUUGGAUGAUGUGGACGCUGUUUUUAAAGAUUCAGAAGAGCAUCAUGUCACAGAAAAGAAAGAGGAGCAACCAACUUCGAUGAAUGCCUUUGAGUUGAUAUCAAUGUCGAGAGCUCUGGAUCUCGGGAAUUUGUUUGAAGAAGAAGAGGGAUUCAAGCGAGAAACGAGAUUUGCAGCUAAAGGCGCAGCUAAUGAUUUAGUCCAGAAGAUUGAAGAAGCUUCUAAGCCGCUUGGUUUUGAUAUUCAAAAGAAAAACUAUAAGAUGAGACUUGAAAACGUGACUGCUGGAAGGAAGGGAAACCUAAAAGUUGCAACUGAGAUAUUUCAAGUAUCACCGUCACUUCAUAUGAUCGAAGUCCGGAAAACUAAAGGGGAUACAUUAGAAUUCCAUAAGUUCUACAAGAAGCUCUCGACCUCACUUAACGAUGUGGUUUGGAAAUCUGGCGAGAGCUCUGGUCUAAGCAACUAAGAAUAGACUGAUUCAAGUCCUGCUUAUGACUAUCCUUAUUUAGCUUUUGCUUUCUGAUACUUUUUUUUUUUUUUCAAGACUCAAUUCUUUUAAAUAUUAGAGACAAAAACCCAUGAGAUUGACUCUGUACAUAUCGAAGCAUGUGCAGUAACAUUAUGCUGUUCAUAUCAUUGCAAACUUCGAUUGUGUUGUGUCAAACAUUUUGUCCAAAUGGCUGCUUCUAUAA